GACAUCCACCACAGGCACUAGCAAAAUCGUAUGUUCUCCAUAUGGCAGUCCUGGGUCGUGGUUGCUUAACUAUACAAUAUGUCACAUAUUUAAAGGUUAAAGGGGUUAUGGUAGACGACGUCUAAUUCCAUCUGGGUGUCGUCAUCAUUUCUUCUGUCCACGUCAAUGUCGAUCACAUCGUAUUUCACUUCCGAUCGGGAAAGCUUGUGUACCGCGUACAUGUUGAAACAAACACGUACAUAAACACUUGGAAGACCUUGUGGGUGAGCGAACGAGAGGAUCGUAUGCAGCCAUGCAUCGAUAUCAGACAGUAAUAGUGUAUAUUUUCUUGCGCAAGUGGAGCCACGCUUCACAUAUGUUCAUGAUUUUCUUUUUGUUUUUCAGUGGCUCGUAACUGAAAAAAAUGAAAAGUCGUAGUCGAUUAGAAAUUUAGGGAUCAAGAAGAUUUUUUUUGAAGUCGAACUUGGUUUCGAUUCCGGAUUGGUAUUGGUUGUGAAUGGGAGCGAAAGUACAACAUUAGCCUGGUAUUGAAAUAAGAAGCGAAGGAAUAAAGACAGCGAACCUCAACAACAGACUCAGCCAACCAACCAAAUAUUACGACUUUCCUUUUUCAAUUUAAGUAGCUGACACCCGUAGUGAGUUGUCCCCAUGAGACGGUUCUUUUUGAGAGGUCCUGGUGCUCCUGCCGGUGGACCCCAGGAAAACAACCAGAUCGUGCAGCCGCCCAUCCUCGCCCCUAGUGCGGGUGCGCGAUACAAUGAACGAAGUGCGGCCUUCGAUGCAGAAAUGGAGCAACUUCUCAGAAGAUACUACAUGAUUUCUCCGGCAAGACCGCAGCAGGCUGUGCAACUGGUAUAUCGAUCUAGGAGAUUUAGGUUCAUCAUUUUUGCUUUAAAAUGAGGUUUUUGGAAGUAGCUUCUCAACAUGCAGAUGCAAUCCUGCAGCUACAGAGAUCUACCAAUACCAGUCAGAAACUGCCCAAGUACAUGAAUCGGUCCAGGUGAUGAGCGAAAUUGCAUCGCGUCCGGAUCCCCUCGACCGGGAAGUAAUGCAGUGGCUCUGGGUGAUAAGGACGGAGAACAUUGGCCGGGCCAACGCGGAAACGUGCAAUAAGCUGACGCAAAACCAGAACGAGCUGAUUACCAGGUUGCACGGGGUCAGUAUCGACAGAAAAAAACUCCGCAUCAUCGUCCCAAGGAAACCAAUACAAGUUUCAUGGUCGCUCGAUGGCAGGACGCAGAUGCAAAGUGUGCAAGCACAUGUUUCAUAGGAGCAGAGAGGUCUUCUCAUAGAUGGGACAAACAAAGAAGUUUAAGUAAGUUGUCAGUGCAUCUGAGUCUCUUGCUCUGUUCUUUGCUUUAAAUCUUUGUCAAACAUUUGGUGGCGAUGACGCUUAGUUACCUGGUGGAUAAAACAACAAGAUGUGGAUCGGAGCGACAAGAACGAGCUGUUGCAGGCCACCAUCGCUCAGCUGCGCGACUACAUAAAGUUCGAGUCCACUUCACUGGGUUUGCGGGACAUGAUCCACGAUUCCCACACGAUCGAGAACGUGAUGGAGUUCAUCGCCGAGAUCACGAAGGGAGACAGUUUGGACGCUUUCAAACAAAUCAAAAGCGGUGCGCUGAUUGGAGUGGUACAGACUACGCUUCUUUUCUUCAUUACCAAGGUUAGAAGGAAAUAUGAAAUAACAAGAACUGAAGAUAUGAUAAGAAUAUGAAUAUGAACCGGAAGCGUAAGCUUUUUAUUCGUUGUUCUUUCCCCGUUCUUGACACAAAACAUAUUGACUUGCAGGCCCGGUCGCGGUCUGCGCAGAUAUUGCGCUACUUCGAUCGGUAUUGCCAGUUUCAGUACAAGGCCGACAACGACCGCACCGAACACAUAAACCCAGACAGUCCGUUUCUGCGGUCCGCAGCAUACGUGCUUGAGGCACUGGAAAUCUGCCUCAGCGGAGAAAUCCAGUUGUCGAACCGCCAGUCUAUCGAGAACUACCUUUCCACGCACCACACCACAUUCCUGGAGGCGCACCCACGGGAUUACUUCAACUUGAACCUGCCGGUGGUGCAGAACGGCCAGAGGUUGCGGAAUCCGUGGGCCGUGGUGACGCAGCAGCAGCAGCAGCAGCAGUUCUCCAUGGGGAUUCAGCCGCAGCAGUCGACAUCGCACCAAACGGGGUUCAUGGCAGAGAGUCGCCUAAAUCUCCCCGCGGCGCGCGACACGAAGGUAGCCUCCGGCGGUUACUUUCAGAAUCCCCACCUUAACUAAGGGUUGUUCGUGUCAGGAAUUAACUAGCAUCGAAUGAUGGAUGCAGCUUGUGAUCUGUCGGUGUCGCUUAGGGGCUUGUUGGUUGUUUUACAAGAACAGAAAAUGAAUUGUGUUUCAUCUUCUUACUACUCGGUGAUGUGAACGUGAACCUUGUCGCAUCUCAGUCGUAAAGGUGGGAGUAGUUAGAGUUACUUUGCAAUCAUGAGCCAGCUCCCGAUUUUGUAAGAUGAAAUUAACUCACUACGGAGUUAUAUUGUUACAGGGUUAUGAGAUUAUUGGGAAUGUUAACAGCAAAAUGAGUUUUCAAGGGUUUUUACACACCAUCAGAAAAGAAGUCUCCUCAUCGUCAUCGCAAGCUUACUAUUGUACCAAAUCUGAGCCCCAAUCUCAAAGUAGCAAGAAGCAAUGUUCAUCAAGAGAGCCAUGCGUCUCAUCUUGAAUCGCCAUGCGUCUCAUGUGUCAGUCUAGAGUAUCUGCGGAUCUCUUCCUUCUAUUUUUGCAUGACACCUCUGUGAACAGUGGCACGCUACAAUCAGAUAUUUGUAUUUUUUGUUGCGUUCUGCGUCUGCCUCAACAUAAAAAAUGAAUUAUAUCAUGUAGACAAAAGUAUUUUUGUGCUUCACGGCCCACCAGCAGUCGGCAAACGCGGAGCGGACGCUAGUUCGUUGUAGCACUCUCGCUGCAGAUUAUCUCAUUCAGGUUUUUUCGGCAGUCCAAGCUACAAAAUUAGAAUUGAACAAUAGACAUGAAGUCUUGCAGGAGUGUUUCACAUUUCCAAGUCGGUAGAGACCUGUACAUUAACUCUCAAAUUUGUUUUUGUGAUCGGGCAGAAAUUUACAGUGUACAAGACUAGUCAGUGCUAGUAAAACUUCUCAGUGCUGGAGUCUUGUGUUGAUCAGGGACGGAGCUGCCAUUACAACUGUAUAUUAUCUUCUGCACGAAUAUAAUAGUUUUAGUUAUAGGGACAUCCUCUCCGUUUGAAUGUGAAUGUGUCUGUAUCAUUCCAAAUGGAGGUUAUGCUUUUGUUGUGUUCCUUUGGGAGCGUGUUCACACACAUUAGUAGCUUAGUCGUUUUUAUGGAAU